AUGGCUCGUGAAAGUGAUAUAGAGAAUCAGAACAACCAGCAUGAGGAGACUCCGUUGCUUAGCAAUGAGCAAUCGGGCCAGCAGCAUGAACAUAACGUCGAACCCCAAACCAAGAGGAGUAUUCGGAUCGGCUGGAGAAUAUCUUGGGCCAUCUUUGGAGUUGUUGCGUUGACAAUUUUCAUCAAAGGCUGGAUUGACGCCGGCAGCGAUGUCAAAUUUGAUCUCAAGGAUGCGCUCAAAAGAGCACUUGGCGGCGGGCUCAGUGGCGCCGCAGCCAUGGUUCUUCAAGUUCUUCUGCUAAUGCCGCUUCGGACCAUAAUGAACUAUCAAUACCGUUUUGGAACGUCCUUCACCACCGCAACGAAAACCCUGUACCAUGAUGGUGGAUUUGGUCGAUACUACCAAGGGCUAGCAGCCGCUCUCAUCCAAGGGCCGCUUGCUAGAUUUGGAGACACGGCAGCGAAUGCCGGAAUCCUGGCACUGCUGCAAUCAAAUUCGUAUUUGAAGCACUUGCCAUCACCUGCAAAGACGGUCUUUGCCUCUCUCAGCGCCGCGGCAUUCCGAAUGAUUCUCACGCCAAUUGAUACUGUAAAGACUACUCUCCAAGCUCAAGGCUCUACUGGAAUCGACCUACUACGGCAGCGUUUCAAGAAAUACGGCAUCGCAACACUCUGGUGGGGGGCUUUUGCGACAGCAGGAGCCACUUUUGUCGGACAUUAUCCUUGGUUUGCUACCUACAACUUCUUGACCGAAACGAUCCAAGAGCCACCCAAGUCGGAGUUACUCUUAUGGCUACUGCGUCUGGCCCUCAUCGGAUUUGUCGCGUCUAUAGUUUCUGAUUCUGUAUCAAACUCACUAAGGGUGGUAAAAACGUACCGACAGGUCAAUGACACCAAAGUUUCAUACACCGAUGCUGUCAAGCUGGUGGUUCGAGAGGAUGGGAUUCGCGGGCUUCUCGGGAGGGGACUUUCCACAAGAAUUUUGUGCAAUGGUCUCCAAGGAAUACUGUUUUCCAUAUUGUGGAAGCUGUUUCUUGAUCUCUGGGAAAGAAAGACCAACUCCUGA